AGCAGCACCGGCGGAAGAAGCGGAUUGGUCUGUCCAGAGUCGGGCUCUCUCAUUCGCUGUUUUUGAACACGCGCAGCCAACAUGGCCGCCAGCGACCCUAAUAAGUCCAGUGGCGAGGACAGCAUAUUGGAGCCGCUGUGUUUUCCAGAGCAGCAACCUGGAAGCUCCAGUACUCCCAGUCUGCAGCGUCCCAGUGCCGAAAUGCUGGUGUGUCUGUUCUGUUCGGAGUCUGUUCCUCUGCUGCAGAAAGACCUUCUCCUCAAACAUUUGCUGCUGGACCACAAGCUGGUCAUCGCUGACAUCAAACUCAUCGCAGACCUGCCAAAAUACAUGCUGUACUGGAAGGGCAGAUUUCUGGAGCAACCAGUUACAGAUUUCUGCAGCGUGAUUAAGACCAACUCCACAAGCCCUGUUGAGAAACAAGAGCACUACUUUCUGCUGUGUGACGUCCUUCCAGAGGACCGACUCCUCAGAGAGAAGCUCCAGCAGAAACGACUGGAAGAGGUGCUUGAACAGCAGCAAAUGGAGAGAGAUGACCACAGCUUCCAUCGCCCCUGCAUGUUCUGCAGUGAAGACUUCACUGGAAACAGGUCGUCUCUACUGAACCAUAUGGCCCGAGAACAUUCGUUCAGCAUCGGGCUGCCAGACAACAUUGUCUACUGCAACGAGUUCCUGGACACGCUGCAGAACAAACUGGACAGUCUGCAGUGUUUGUACUGUGAGAAAAUAUUUCGGGAUAAAACCACGCUGAAGGAUCACAUGAGGAAAAAAGCUCACAGACGGAUCAAUGCCAACAAUCGGGAAUAUGACCGCUUCUACAUCAUCAACUAUCUGGAACUGGGGAAAACCUGGGAGGAGGUUCAGAGUGAAGACGACCGUGAGAUGGUUGAUGAUGAUGAUGAAGACUGGUCAGACUGGAGAGCUCAUCCAGUUUCUGCUGUGUGUCUGUUCUGUGACCAGCAGUCAGAGACCAUGGAUCAGAUCUACACACACAUGAAGGAAUCUCACGGCUUUGAUCUCCAUAAACUGAAGACAGACAUGAACCUUAGAUUCUACCAACAAGUGAAGCUGGUGAACUUCAUCCGGCGGCAGAUCCACCAGAGCCGUUGCUACAGCUGCCAGGAGAAGUUUGACAGCAGAGACGAAGUCCUGCAUCACAUCGUGUCCAAGGACCACAUCAUGACUCUUCCAGAGAUGUCCGUCUGGGACCAGCCUCAGUACUACUUCCCCACGUAUGAGAACGACGCUCUGCUGUGUACGUUGUCUGAAAGUGAGGAAGACGAUGGCGAUGAGACGAAGCGCAGAGAGGACAUCCCGGUUAUAGCAGAGGACGUUUCUAAUCUCAGGGCUCUGAAGGAGACCAGCGUCCUCAACCAGCUGCUGAAGAACAGAGGAUCCUGCAGCUGAUGGAUGGAUGGAUGGAGUUUCUCUUCAUCUGACUUGGUGUGCAUCAUAGUUUCCAUGGAGACAUGAACAGUGUUCUCUGCUAUGCAGCUGAUAAAUAUCCACCAGGAGGCUGUUCUCCAUUCAGCUGCAGCGAAUCUACGACUUGUGUUGGGUAAUAAAGAGGAGCAGAACCUUCUG